AUGACAGGGCGUCACGAAGGGUUCAUAGCGUAUUUAAAAAAUAAAGUACCAGACGUGCUUGCUGUACAUUGCGUCAUUCAUCACCAGCAUUUAGUUGCAAAAAAUCCGAGUGAACGCCUGCAUACAUCAUUGCAUUAUGUUAUUAGAGCAGUUAAUAAAAUCAGAAGCAACUCACUAAAUGACAGAUUAUUUAGUCAACNAUCGAUUGCUGCUUCACACAGAAGUGCGCUGGCUGUCAAAAGGUACUUGUCUGACUCGAUUUUACAAUCUGUUUGACUCUGUGAUAGAGUUCCUGAAAAACAAAGACACAGGACUUCGCGAUAACCUCACCACAUCAAAGAAUGAUAUUUCGUACUUGACAGACCUCUACAAGUUAUUUAAUUAUGUCAAUCUCUAACUUCAAGGUGACAACUUUAACUUGAUUAAAACAAAAAUUGUAAUUUCUACAUUCGAUGCCAAACUGUUAUUAUAUAAGAAAAAUAUUGGUAGACGUGAAUUUAAUAACUUUCCUAAUUUAGCAGCAGCAUCUUUUAUCACCGAUGAUUUGGUUGUUUACUGUCAACACUUGGAGAACCUCCACAAUGAUUUCAAAGAACGAUUCCAGGACAUUUUAAAUAUGGACAUACCAGACUGGGUAUCAGAUCCUUUUUCACAUGUCAACAAGCAGAAUCAUCCCAGUUAGAAGAACAACGUUUAGAAUUAACCACAAAUGAGGAAAUCAAAUUCAAAUUUAAGAAUGGUAUUCAAGAAUUUUCGCUGCAAAAGCCAAUCAUGAAACUGUUCACUAGCUUAUGGUCGAUUGUUCAACGAUUUCUGAUAGCAUUCCCAUCAUCGUAUUUGUCUGAACGUGGAUUCAGUGCUGUAGUAACACUGCUAAUAAGAAAAAGAAAUCGGUUGCUUGUUACUGAACGCGGUGAUUCACGGCUGUUUUUAGUCAAUUUGAACCAGAUAUUAACAAACUCGUUAAUGCGCAUCAAGUUCAUCCAUCACAUUAAGUAAAUAUUAAAUUUUGAAUUCAUAACUUUUUUUAUAGCAUGAUUUAAAUAAAAAUACUUUUAAGUAUCAAUAAGUAUGCGUAUUAAUUACUGUCAUCCAAAAAACUAAUUUAAAAUUUAUGUUAGAACUCAGAAAUAAGAUAUAGCAUAUUUAUAUAUUAUAAAUUGUAAUAUCUGUUUUUAAAAGACAUAACAGAUGGUAAGAAGUUAAAAUAUUUUUAUUUUUUUUUUUUUGGGGGGGGGCGCUAGAAAUUUUUAGAUUUUCAAAGUGGGCAGUGGAUUAAAUAAGUUUGAGAACCUAUGAUCCUGAUCAUCCAUAGGAUAUCCAGACCAUCUACAGAGUAUCUCGACAAUUGAUCCAGUACCCCGGAGGAACACUACUAACACUAUCGUUAUUAUUAAGGCAAGUGUAGUCGUGUGAGUAUUUAUAUAUAUAUUUUUUUUAUUUAAACAAAAUACGAGGUACGUCCAGAAAGUAAGUUCCGUUUUCUACUUUUAUCGCGUUUGCGAUGUUAUCUUAAUUACGGUCAUAUCCGAUUAUUUCAUUUACUUAUUUGGAACAUUUUAAAACCGUUCCGUGACUAGUUAGUGUACGUAGGUCACGUGGCAAGUGUUUUAAAAUGGAUAAACGAAUAGAAAAUUCCGCCACAUGUGAGUUACGAUCUGUGAUUCGUUUUUUAAAUGCAAAGAAUAUCAAACCAGUUGAUAUCCAUCGUCAAAUUUGUGAAGUUUAUGGAGAUAAUGCGAUGAGUGAUUCAAUGGUUAAGAGAUGAGUGCGACUUUUCAAUGAAGGUCGUACAAAUGUUCACGAUGAAGAACGACUGGGUGACCAUCUUUGGCCCGCACACAGCAAAUGUGACGAAACAACUUCUUGCAGAUUUUGCAUGGGAACAAUUUAAUCAUCCGCCCUACAGUCUAGAUUUGGCACCCAGUGAUUUUCAUCUUUUUUUUGUAUACACAUAGUUAAUGAGUGACACGGACGGAGAGUGGUGAUAGGUCUAGCUCUCUAAAACUUUCAGUAAGAACAUCUGUACUUCCGACUUCCCGUGUUAGUCUCCCAGUUAGAUUCACAAAUCCAGAUUAUCCUGCUUCCGAGAGUCCUAUAGCUUUAUUGUCCACCAAGACUACUAAAUUGUUAAGCUCUAACGAAAACCUCCUAUACACCGUAGGUAACGUUUUAAUUAACGUAGAACGCUAGAACGAUAGAACGCUCGAAAUAACUACCAACUCAAUGGUAGACACUAAUCUUUUGAAUCAGACCAUUUGCACUAAUAACACCGAGGACAAUGGAACAACAUUAGAAUCUAAUACGUCAUGGGGAAAAUCUUCCUAUUCAUCAAUCAAACUUUUUGAUCCUACUACGUAUAUCAAUCAUUUUUCGUAUUUAGAUACAAAAAAUGUUUAUGUAAUGUUUAACAUACUUCUUAUAUUUUUAUAAAUUACCUGUAAACGUUUGUUCAUAGCAAUAGGGCUUCUGUCUUGCUAUGCUGUGUAAUUCAUCAAACUAAUUUGUUCCAAUAUCCAAUCAUCCAUCUUUAUUAUUACUCGUUCGGUUAGUUGAUCGAUUGCAAACAGGCGUAUUUGACUUAGAAAAAAAAGCCCUUCUUUCUUCGGCAAUAGUUUGGAAAUUUUACCAUCAUCAGAAUCUUUUGAUACUUUUGCUUUUACCGUUUCAUGUAUUUGUACAUAAUCGCAAACAACAUAGUGAUCCUUAAGCUUAUUGGUUAUAAGUUCGAGUUGCUUGAACAAAGAAAAUCGUAUCGUCGUAAACUUUCUCUCCACCACCUUUGUAAUACAAGGUGCGCAGAAAGAACUCCGUAGUUUUAUAAGGUUUUAGUUUGGGUUUGGGUGGAGGUACAUUAGUAAUUUUUACAUCGACAGAAAGUCUUAUCGAUGCCAUUUAUAGCAUUCAACAUGGCUUAGUCGGGAGAGCAAUGUGCGUUUGUUAUCGAGGAAUUUAUUAAUAAUGGCGGUUCACCGAUAACGACCCAGCAUGCGUUUCGUAUUCGAUUUGUGCUUAAUCGACGUGAUCCCGUUCCCGAUAUCAAAACCAUACAUAAUUGGGUAUCAAAUUUUAGGCAAACAAGUUCUGCAAUAAAAUAAAAAUCGACGGGCCGACCUCGGACUGCAACAGGUCCAGAAAAUGUGGCUACUGUAACAGUGACCUCUAAUCGCUAUUGUGAGAUGCUUGAACAUUUUCUUCGGCCAAAAUUGAACGAUUUUUUUCAUGAAAAUGGACAACGAAAUGUGUGGUUUCAACAAGAUGGUGCAUCAGUACAUACAGCUCGUCGUUCACUUGGUAUUCUGCGAGAAAUGUUUCCUGGGCAUAUUGUCUCCUCGUGAGGUGACAUUGGGUGGCCGCCACGUUCACCAGAUUUACAAACCUAUAAUAUCGACAAAAAAAAUGAAAAAAGUAGAGAAUUAUUAAAAAUUACAGAUGGGGAUAUAAGACCAAAUUAAUUUCAAAAAAUGCGUGUGAAGUUGGCUGCACAAGUAUAUUUAGUCAUACAAUGUCGUCAACUAUACGAACUUGUAUUUCUACAAAAGAAUUAAAAAAUGAAUCUGCAAAUAAUACAGCAGAUUUCGUCGAACUUUAGAUAAGACAAUCAAAAAGUUUAACAGUAUAGCAGUAAUCCAUAUAGUGUAUUAACAGGUAAUGGGUAGAGUACGAUUGCGUACACUGCUUAUCGGAGGUAUCUUUUUCAACCUUUUUCCUAACACGAUUGCAUACGUUAUUUUUAUGCAACGUUGUCACGCUGGGACAUCACAGACGAAACUGGAAACGAUAUUAAAUUUAAAAUAAAAUUUCACAUGACUUAUUAUCAAGUAGAUUAAAGGAGAUAUAUAAACUGCAGAUUAGUUGACCGACGACCGUUCAGAUCGAGUGUAGUUUGCGUUGAAUUGUGUAGUUUUUAUCACAAGAUCGUAAGUAAUCUCAAAUGGAAAACACCCUGAAACUAAUCUCGAGGUUUAAUCUCAAAUGGACACGUAGCUUAACAUAUAUACCUAAAUGUGAAUGAUUUUAUUUUCUCUAUUAUGUAAUUAACUAUUAAUGUACAAUACUUAUCUAUUAUCUACUUUGUUAAACUAUUAUAAUCUUAUAUUGUAACUGGGCAACAGCCCAUCUAAAAUAAAAAAUAAAUAAAUAAGGAUCAAAUGGUUUAAAAAUUAAGUGUCUCAAUUCCAAAAAAAAAAAUGUUGGCCCUUAUAGCAUGGAACAACCUACUGUGAAUAUUAUUAUUUUUUUAUUAUUAUUAAAGCAUCUCCUUAUAGAUCACAUUGGUUGUUCUUCCGUUUGGGGCAAGACUGACAAAGCUGAUAGGUGAACUAUCUCUGAAGCAUGCCACAUAGAAUUGCCCAUGUGAAAAGCAGUCAUCACUUAAGUCAAUUCCUACUAUCUUUAACAUAUCUUUUGUGUAUAAGUUUUACAAUUAAGUGAUCAAUUUAGUUAACAGCAUGAAAAGUCUAUGUACCAUGAGGCUAUGUACCACCUAUCCGAAUGGAAUAGGAUGAUAGGCACGCUAUGAAUAAGAUAAAGCAGAUAUGUACCCACGUCAUUUAGAACGUAUAUUUCAACCAAACGAAGUAGUUUCCGAACUUGACAUAGCUCAGUGUCAACCACUAAAUGAAACACACGAUAAGAUAAAGCAUUUUACUCCAGUUGAAAUUGCAAAAGAAAUAGAUAUUAAUAUCAACUCAAAAAAUGCACGUGGAUUAACAUAAAAAUCCUGAAAGAGUUAUCUAAAAAAGCUUUGAUUUAUCUAACACACAUAUUUAAUGCCAUCGUAAUGCUACGUACGGAAUACUUUCCUAAACAAUGGGAACGAGCCCAAGUGAUCAUGGUAUUUAAACCAGGAAAACUACCAGAACAAGUAACUUCAUGUAGACCAAUUUCACUUCUUCCAAGCAUCUCAAAAUUAUUCGAAAAACUACUUCUAAAACGCUUAAAACCGUUGAUAGAAGAAUAGAUGAAAUGUCGAAGAUUAAAAUUAACAGUGUAAAAUCGGUGCACAUUAAUUACACCUUGCGUAAAACCGUCUAUAAACCGGUAUUACUAGAUCCGCAAAAUAUCAGCAAAAUAUUUAGGAAUGCGCCUGGACUUUCAGCUCAACUGGAAGCACCACGUUAGACAGAAAAAACUGCAAAUUAAGAAGAAAAUGCGACAACUAUAUUGACUGGUCGAAAAACAUUCCGAACUAGAGCUCACAAGCAAACACAGUUUAUACGUAAUGAUAAUUAAACCAAUAUGGACUUAUGGAAUUCAACUGUGGGGUUGUGCCAGCAAGUCCAAUAUUGAGAUUAUACAAGGUUGUCAGAACAUCGCUUUCCGUACCAUUGUUGCAGCUUACCGGUAUGACAGAAACGACAUUAUCCACCGAGAUAUGAUGAUCACCUUCGUCCAGGACGAGAUUAUCAAGUUUGCCCAUAAACAUGAGGAAAGACUGCAUCAACACACCAAUCUAGCAGCAAUUCAACUACUAGACAACUCUCUAGACAUUAGGCGACUCAAACGUCGAAGACCAUAUGACUUAGUAAAAGACUCUUAG